UGGAUUCAUAUGUUGUUCUGCUUUGCUCGCUCCUCCUCCUCCUGGGUCCCAGGCCGGUCAGCAGCAGUGGGUCAGUGACCUGUACCGAGGGGCAUGACUGUAUCCUGACCUGCACUUUCAACCACACGGCUGGGCGGAGGUACAUGAGCUCCGGUGUGCUCUGGAGCCGAGCGGACGCUGACAUCGUCGUGCACAGGAGCUACAACAACAGAGACCGGCUGAGGGAUCAGCUCCCUCAGUAUGUGAACAGGACCAGCCUGAGUGCCGGCGCUGCCCUCCUGCUCAAGGGGGUCCGACAGGAGGAUGCUGGGCUAUACCAGUGCCGUGUUGAUAGCUUUGUGUCGGGGGUGACCCAGUUAGAGGUGGUUCCGCCUCGGCCCACGACAGAACCAGCUGAACCCACGACGGCAGGAACAGAUGAACCCACAACAGCAGAACAAAAGGACACAGACACACCCCUCAUCCAAUUGCAGAGUGAGGGAGGGACAGAGGAAACGUUGUAUGAAACCACAAUGAAAUUCACAACUUUGAGAGCAGAUGAUUCAGAACUUUGCAGGGAGCUGGAAAUCCUAAAACCCUACAAUCCCUGUUUGAAGAGCAGAACCAACAAGAGCAUGAAGACGCAGUUGAGUGCCGCUUGCCCCCAGGUGUGUGUGCUCUGCUCGCUCCUCCUCCUCCUGGGUCCCAGGCCGGUCAGCAGCAGUGGGUCAGUGACCUGUACCGAGGGGCAUGACUGUAUCCUGACCUGCACUUUCAACCACACGGCUGGGCGGAGGUACAAGAGCUCCGGUGUGCUCUGGAGCCGAGCGGACGCUGACAUCGUCGUGCACAGGAGCUACAACAACAGAGACCGGCUGAGGGAUCAGCUCCCUCAGUAUGUGAACAGGACCAGCCUGAGUGCCGGCGCUGCCCUCCUGCUCAAGGGGGUCCGACAGGAGGAUGCUGGGCUAUACCAGUGCCGUGUUGAUAGCUUUGUGUCGGGGGUGACCCAGUUAGAGGUGGUUCCGCCUCGGGCCACGACAGAACCAGCUGAACCCACGACGGCAGGAACAGAUGAACCCACAACAGCAGAACGUGACCGCCAUUGGCUUUUAGUACCGUUUUUGUGUGUGUGUGUGUGUGUGUGUGUGUGUGUGUGUGUGUGA